AUGUUUGAUUUUGAUGACAGAGUUGGAGGUAGGCCUAUAACGGAUAUGGAAAUGGAAGAUGCUCGAAUUGUUCAGAAACUGAACAGAUUGAAGGGAUUUUUGGCUAAGUUUAAUAAUCGGCAAAUUGGUGAUGUCACAGUUUGCUACUUAACUGCCAAGGAAAAGUUUCGACAUGCUCAAUUUGUGCUUCAGCAGGAACCUCACUCUAUAGGAUUUCAGCAAGCUGAGCACGAAGCAUGUUUAGAAUUUACCCGUCUAUCCAAAAUGUAUGAAAGUUUUCUUAGGCAAAGGAGCAAGAUCACUUGGCUGAAAUUUGGUGAUGACAAUACGUCCUACUUUCAUGCAAGUCUAAAGCAGCGGUCAGCUUGUAAUAGGAUUACAACCUACUUGGAUGAGCAUGUUACGCCUUUUUCGAAGAGGGAUGUUAAACUGGCCAUGUUUAGUAUUCAUUCUAUAAAAAGUCCUGGUCCUGAUGGGUUUGGUUUGGGUUUUUUCAAAUACAUGUGCAGAGAUUUCUGGGAUGAGAUUUCUAUUGCUGUUUUGAAUUUUUUUGAAACUGGCCGAUUACCAAUAGCUCUUAACAGAUCAAUUAUUACCCUUAUUCCUAAAACUGAAAAUCCUUCUACAGCAGCAGAUUAUAGACCGAUAGCAUGUUGUAAUACUCUAUACAAAUGUAUUUCUAAGAUGCUUUGUAUGAGACUAGCCAUUGUUCUUCCUUUGCUUACUCAUCAAUACUAG